AUGACAAGUUGGUCACCUUGCUCAACUUGUUCAAUAUCACCUUGUGGUUCACCACUUCAUUUACGUGGUUCGUGGGCCUAUGAUAUCGUUUAUUUGCCACCAAAUUUGGAACGAUCGAUUAAAAUUCAAAAAGGAGCACUUUCACUUGGCAUAGUAUUAAAUGCGGAAAUCGAUAAAGGUAUUAAUGGUUGCCAAGUAAAGAGUAUUUGUAGCAAAAAAGCUAUAGGACGCGAUGGAAGAGUUCAAGUAAAUGAUUAUAUUGUGAAAGUAAACAUGGAAAGUUUACGAAAUGUUACGAAUUCGCAAGCACGAGCAAUUUUGAAACGAACUAAUCUUAUUGGCACGCAGUGCAACAUAACAUAUAUCACUGCAUCAGAUGCAAAAAUUUGGAAAGAGAAAUAUCAUCAUGAAGCAGAUUAUCAGUUUCCCGUAAUUAAUAGGCUUUCACCCAAUUCAUUUGAUAGUGAUGUUGGUGGUACGGAAAUUCCCGCAUCAUCUGAUGCUUCAUUAGCAAUUGAAAGACAAUCAGCUGAUAUUUCAAUUGCUGAAAAACCAAUCGAAAAAUUCGUUUACAAUUUUGUUCAAGCAGUUUUAAAAGAUAUAUGGUUGGAAUUAACUUCUGAGCACAUAGCAGAAGUGACUAAUUUUGAUGUAUCGAAGAAAAAAUGGCAACCUUCGUUGAGCGAACUAAUCGAAACAGCACCGUCCACAAGUGUAGCAUCACAAGAAAUUCCUAGACAGUUGAUAUCAUCUAAUGGAAAAGUGAAUUAUUCGGAAAGUUCACGUGGAAAAGAAGGUCAGGUGUUAGUUGAUAGCAAUAUUUCCAACCAAUUCAUAAGUGAAACAGAAUUCGGAAAUAGAAAGGCAAAAUUAAAAGAAAUAGAUUCUGAAAUGGAUGCAAGGCGAAAAGGCAACAAUAAAGAGUCGCAAGAAAAAUCAGUAACCGGAAUGCCGUCAGAUCAAUUAAAUCUACCAUCUGAAACUGAUCAAUUGCUCAUCCGGAAUGAAAUCAGGCGGAAUAGUUUGAUUGAAGCUGAAUUAAUUAGUCCAUCAAUGCUUUUGGAUUCAUUACCGUUACCAGACUCAUCCGAAACGUACCUGUCAACUAAGUCAAAUCGUUUCAAAUUUUGGGGUCAAACAAGGACCGUUAUAUUACAUCGUGAGCCGAAUCAAUCAUUCGGUAUUAGUAUUGUUGGUGGACGUGUGGAAGUGAGUCAUAAAAGUGGACAACCUGAUGCAAGGAAUACUGUUUCGGGUAUUUUCAUCAAAUCGGUCUUACCAAAUUCACCAGCUGGCCUUUCUAAUAUGAUGAAUAUGGGUGAUCGAGUGAUUAGUGUAAAUGAUCAAGACUUACGUGAAGCUACACAUGAGCAAGCAGUUCAGGUCAUAAAAAAUGCCAAAAAUCCAGUGAAAUUUGUUGUCCAAAGUCUUCAUAGUUUUCCGUUACAUCAGGGUGGCAUUAAUGAAGUGAAAGAUGGAAGGAAGGAAUGUGAUAGCGCAGGCUUAAUGAGCACAUUCAAUGCAUCGAAAGUUAAAACGAAAGACGAGGUUGCACCGAUGAUGCUUGCCGAUAAUAUUCAGGAAUUGACAGGAACCGAAGGAACAACUUUGAGAAAAGAAAGCUCAAUUUCUGUAGCACAAAAAAUUGAAUUACAGAAAAGUGACGAGUUGAAAUUUGAAGAGAUGAAAGGAUAUGAAAUAAAUGAACUUCGCAAGAAGACAUCAGUUAGCAUGCAUGAGGAGAAGCCUGAAGGAAUGCAAAGUAUGGAAAAGUUAUCACGAAAACGAAGUAAGAAAUUGAUACGACGAGGAAUUGAUACGAACAGUGCAGCUGCGCUACCGAAACGUGAUGAUGAUCCGGAAGAGGAAGAUCAGUUCCUCUAUACAAAAGAUAAAAUAAAUCGAAAAUAUGGUAAUUUAUUGGGUGAUACGAUAUUGUUGAAGUUAGAUAAAAUACCACGUGAUGGUCUUGGCAUAUCACUUGCAAGUAAUCGUGGUCGUGAUCAUGAUCGGAUGAAUGUUUUAGUGGUUGCGGUUAAAUCAACUUGUCCAUUAUCGGUGAAAAUUGGUGAUGAACUACUUGAGGUAAAUGGAAAAGUACUUAUCGGUUUGUCGCAUUUGAGUGCUUCUUCGAUAAUGCGUGAAUGUUGCGAGGAUGGCAUUUUGGAAUUGUUAUUGUUGAGAAGAUUCGAAACAUUG